AAAUAUGUGUUUUCUAUUACCCAAUUUAAUAGCCGUUUUAGAUUUCAAACAUAUAUAAAGAGAGUUCUCUUCACAAUGGUGGUAGAGUUUCAAAAAAUUUUCUUAUCAUGAAUUUAAUAAAAAAUCUUUUACUUUUAACUAUUGUUGUUAUAAAUAUUUGGAUAAUUACUGGUCAUGGAAUGGUGAUGAAUCCCGUUAGUCGAGGAUCAGCGUGGCGUAAAGGAUUUAAUACUCCUAAAAAUUACGAUGACAGUGGAAAUUUUUGCGGAGGAUUUUACACACAGCACGGUCGUAAUAAUGGAAUGUGUGGAGCUUGUGGUGAUGAUUAUGCCAUAAAACCUCCAAGACCUCAUGAAAAUGGAGGAUUAUAUGGUACUGGUACCAUUGUUAAAACGUAUAAAAUUGGAUCAAAAAUGGAUAUAAUUGUGAAACUAACUGCAUCACAUAUGGGUCAUUUCGAGUUUGCUCUAUGUCCACUAAAACAUCAUAAAGAUAUUGAAACUGAUGAAUGCUUUAAAAAAUAUCCAUUACGUCUAGUUUCUGGUGGAAUUAAAUACCCAGUUAAAAUACAAAAAAACGGUGAUAUUCGAGUCAGAGUAAUGCUACCACCAAAAUUAAAGUGUAAACAUUGUGUUCUUCGUUGGCAUUAUAGAGCAGGAAAUAAUUGGGGGACAUGUUUUGAUGGCACUCAGGGCUUGGGAUGCGGAAAUCAAGAAACAUUCAGAACUUGCUCUGACAUAGCUAUUUUAUAAAAUAUAAAAAAUUACGUUUUUUUAAAGUUUUUUUUUCUUUGAAAUAAGUAAAAUAUUAUCAUCAAUAAAAAUGGAAAUGGUAAAAAAA